AUGAUUCUGGUGGCCCUGUACACUAUUGUGAAGGAGAGCUUCAAGUUGUAUGCAGACGUGUGCGAGAUUCUGGCUGUGCUUCUUGACAGAUUCUUCGACAUGGAGGUUCAGGAUUGCAUCAAGGCCUUUGAUGCUUAUGUCAGCGCCUCAAAGCAAAUAGAUGAGCUGGUCGGGUUCUAUAAUUGGUGCAAAGAUAUUGGUAUUGCGAGGUCCACCGAGUACCCAGAGGUCCAGAAGAUCACUAGCAAGUUACUGGAAACUCUAGAGGAGUUUGUGAGGGAUAGGUCAAAGGCAAUCAAGAGUCCAGAGAGGAAACCCAUCGAAAGCCUGCCAGCACCUCAAGACGACGAGCCAGUUCAGGACAUGAAUGAAAUUAAAGCACUGCCGCCUCCAGAGAAUAUUGCUCCACCUCCGGCCCCUGAGCCCGAGCCAGCCAAGAAGGCCGUUCAAGAUCCUGGCUAUUUGGUUGAUUUGAGGGAUGAGGGAGUGACCGCAGAUGACCAAGGUAACAAGUUUGCUUUAGCAUUGUUUGCCGGGCCCACUGCAAACAACACAAACGGGUCGUGGGAAGCUUUUCCGUCGGACGACGAUAAGGGGGUGACUUCGGCUUGGCAGAACCCAGCGGCCGAGAGUGGGAAAGCCGAUUGGGAGCUGGCUCUGGUUGAGUCCGCCAGUCACUUGUCUAAACAGAAAGCCGAAAUGGGAGGAGGAAUGGACCCGUUACUGCUGAACGGAAUGUACGACCAGGGAAUGGUUCGGCAGCACGUGAGCACAGCACAACUGAGCUCUGGCAGUGCCAGCAGCGUGGCUUUACCGGGGCCUGCGGCAGGUAAAACGCCAGUGCUUGCGCUUCCUGCACCUGAUGGGACAGUCCAGGCGGUCGGGCAGGACCCGUUUGCCGCGUCCCUGAGUGUGCCCCCGCCAGCGUACGUACAGAUGGCGGACAUGGAGAAAAAGCAGCAUCUUGUGGUGCAGGAGCAGAUGGUGUGGCAACAGUACUCAAGAGAGGGUAUGCAGGGGCAAUCGAGUUUGGCCAAGAUUGGGGCUGGAGGCUAUUAUCCGCCUGGCGUGCAGCCUGUGAUGAUGCCUUAUGGGAUGCCACCAGUGAACGGGUUGGGGAUGCCACCGCCCGCUGGGUAUUCGUAUGCUCCUUAUUGA